CGCUUCCCCACCCACCUGACAAGAAGCGAGUUCCGGGUUCUUUCCAGCCGAGAGCAGCUCGAUACUACGGCUACCGUCGUCGCCGCCGCCGCCGCCGCUGCUGCUGCUUUAUUACGGGCAUUCACUCGGCAGGAUCAUGGCUCUUUUACUGGAGAACCAAUUCAAAGAGCUGCCUCCUGACAAGUCUAUAGACACAAAGUUGUUCCUGGAGGCUGUUUCUCAUCUUCCGUCAUUUUUUGACUGCUUGGGAUCAAAAGUAUUUACAGUCAUCAAAUCUGACAUUAAUGGCAAUAUAACGAAAAUUAGAGGAGUAUACCUCAAGGAUCCUGCAAAGUACGCCACCCUGCAGGACAUUCUGGAGGCAGAGCGAGAAGCCCAUGGAGCAGAGUGGCCUAAAGUUGGAGCAACAUUAGCUCUGAUGUGGCUGAAAAGGGGUCUCCGCUUCAUACAGAUCUUGCUGCAGAGUUUGGCAGACGGUGAAAGAGAUGAGAACAACCCCAACCUGAUUCGGGUCAAUGUCACCAAAGCCUACGAACAGGCACUGAAGAAAUACCACGGCUGGAUUGUACAAAAGAUUUUCAAUGCAGCAUUACUUGCAGCUCCCUACAGAUCAAACUUCCUCAAGGCCUUGUCAAAGGGAGAGGAAGUGAAAGAUGAGGACUGUCUGGCAAAUGUGCGUCAGUUCCUGGUUAAUUACACUGCCACUGUAGAUGCCAUCUACGAGAUGUACACAAAUCUAAACGCAGAGCUGGAUUACACCGUUUGAUGUUCCCAGGACAUAACUGGACUGGAUCACCGUCUUGUCUGUCAGACAAGCCCGGUUUUCAAAGGUGUUUUUAAUAGGGUUGUUUUAAUUUUUCCUUUCAGUGUGGUAUUUAUUACUUUGAUUAUGCCUCACUUAAUAUUUGGUUUUAAAAUUAUGCAAAUGCCUUUAAACUGUCUUUCUAGCAGAAGGUUGUGUUUUUUUGUUCUUGUAUAAAAUUUCAAUUGCAAGAUUGUUACAGCAGCAGCAGUGUGGCUCUCGCUCUCGUGCAGGAUUAUGGUAUUGUGCUGCUUGGCUGCUUUUUUUUUUAAAUGACAUUAACUGGUGGCUUUCACCUGUUCAAGAGAAGAAUACAAGACUGUAAAUGCUGAGUGUUGAAAUAUUAACAGAUCUGUUACUUCAACAGUCAGAUGUUCUCUGCCUCCUGAGCUGUGGAGUUACCUCCACUGUUAACCUGGGAGCAGGAGCCCUGGUAGUAAUUUAGAAAUUUUAACAGUACAUUUCCGGUUGUAUAAUUGCUGAAAUCCACAGAGUGCCUUGUUGUAACUGAACAAAUACAAUUUAAAAAAUAUAAUA